CAGUUUCAAUUGGUACUUGUAUCUCUUAAAACAAACAAAUAGAGAAACCAAAAUCAAUAAACUGGAAUAAGUCAAAUUGUAAUAGAGAAACCCGACUGAUGUUGAGAAAAAAAGUAAGUUGGUCAAAAGAAAACUAUAACUUACACAUGUUCUGUUUCAACAGAACAAUAACAAUACAUUAAUCUCUAAAUGAGUUACAUUUUGAGACAAUAAAAUUGAUAUGUUACAUUUAGGUUACUUUUCCAUUUAUCAGAGAAAAUCUUGUUUCCUGAUCCUAUAAAUUCUACCUUUCUUCUUAUAUCCAAAACCAUCCAAACAUCUAAACCAAAAAGAAAACAAAACAUAAAAAAAGGAUUAACAGGAAAGAUGGGAAGCAAAACUAUUCUCUCAGUCGUUUUGAUUGUUUCCCUUUGUGCUGCCAUUUUUGUCACUCAAGGAGUAGCUCAAACGCAAACACCGCCAACGGUUCCUGGACUUUUCCCACCUGGCUUACCCAUUGAUCUUGUAAAAUGUUGGUCGUCUCUCUUCAAUGUUGAAGGAUGUGUGCUCGAAAUCUCCAAAUCAAUUUUCUCCGGAAAAUUUGAAAAUGUCGAAGCCGCAUGUUGCAAGGCGUUUUCGACCUUAGAUGCUAACUGUUGGCCACAAAUGUUUCCGUUGAAUCCGUUCUUCCCUCCUCUCCUCAAGGAUAGCUGCGCUCGCCUUGUCCCAACUCCCCCUACACACAACUAAGAACAAGAAUGAUCGUUGAUAUACACUUUUAAUUUAGUCGUUAGCUUCAAAGUCUAAGUUCUAAUGUUAGUUUUUGUUGGCAAAAUGUGAACUCAUCAUAUCUUUGGAGAGCUCUAUCUAUGUAGGUUUUCUCAAUAAAGUAAUUUUUUUUCCAAUAUUCAU